GAUCUAUGGAUACUCUGAAAUAGAUGAAAACGAAACCCCCAAUUGCUUAUCUGUACCUAGCCCUCCCGAUACCCCAGUUCUAGAUUCUCCCAUUGAUGUACUUUAUUCUAAUUCGCACCUCCUACCUCUAUCUCCUAAUGAUAAAGACACUAAUAUCCCCCUAUUAAACAUGCCAGCAUUACAUACAAGCCGUCCAAUUAAUAUUAAUGAUCUCUUACCUUCUACCUCUUCGGUUCAGCCCUUUAUAGAUGUUUGCUCUUUUUCUAUCCCGCUGGAGAAUUGUCAAUGUAGGGAGAUCCUUGUUCCUCCUCCUAAC